CUUCCCCUUCGAGCCACCGCCAGAAGUACGCCCUUGCAGGCGAUGAAACAUGCUCUAUCAGCAGAAUUUUGAGAAGACUCACGAAGAGAAAAUGCCCGCCUUCCUCCUCAUCGUAUCCAUCCACUCGAUCUUAGACCCAAUGCGGAACGACUUCUUCUCCCAGUCGAUAACGCCGCAGAUCGUGCCGACACGGUUCUCUAUUGUCGUCUCCAUGGGCAAGCCGUACUCCUCAGAAUACAGGACGUUGGAGCUGUCGAAGGGAAAGUCUUGGAAG